UUGUACUAUUUACUGCGUCUGUGUGCGCUUGUUCGUGUUCCGCUCUACAAAUUGAUACUUUUUUGUUGGUUUUGUGCGCUGGGUCAACGAAGAUGCCGCCCAUACGUUGUUUAGUAACAGUGCCGAACCUCCGAGCGAAGCGGUCGUAUGUAUUAGAAGAUGGGUCCUUGGAAGCGCUGAAGCAAGCAGUUGCCGCAUGCCCUGUUCUCGGUGGUCUCGUGACAGUGUCAUCAAGCAAAUUUCAGGUGCUGGAUCCGACAUUCAACGAAUUUGUUGACCUCGCUGCCGAUGACAACAUACCUGAUAUGGCCAAAAUCGUUUGUGAAGUACAACAGGAAACUGACGCUGAAGGAGUAGCGUCAUGUUCAUCAUCACAGUGCACGUCAAAGGCCAUUUUGGAAGCUUGUGAGCAGAGCAGACCCAGUGAAAUGCUUCAUCCCUUUGAACUGCAAUCCAGCUCAGAUGACGAUGGGAUCAACUUUGUGAUGCCCAGCCUUGGCCCCCUCCAUGACAAAGUGAUCAGUGGCGAGCCACUCACAUCAUCUUCUUUUAGGCAGAUCAUCGACAUCUUGUUCGAUGCAAUGGCAAAAACAACACUUAUGUAACCACAUCUAUCUUACAGGUUCCCAACACGUCAGUUUUACAGCAAGGUGACGUCUCUGCUCCUUGAGAAAUACCCACAGCUGCGUGAUGUUGUUGGAAGUGGAUCUGACUCCUGGAAAGUAGCACUUCGAAAUAAAUUCAAAAACCAAAGACGGAAGCUUCAAGAUGAUCGUGUAUUGCACAACCGAAGCAAGUUUGGUGCUCAAAGAAAGGCAGAGGCAGCCGCCAGCGAGCUCCAGCGGAGCAAGAAGCCAAAGGUGGGCAUCGGCCUCCCAAAUGUCACAGGCGAAGAUGAAAGUAGUAUUGCCAGACACGAGGAAUGGCUGAUCUUAGAAGGCAGAAAGCCUAUACCAAAUGAGAAGGCAAUGCGAGAAAGAAUGGCCCUUACCGCAAGUAAAAGACUUCCUGACAUUGCCAAGAGCACUGUGCUUGAUGUCAAGACGAAGUAUCCAUACCUCAUGGAUUUUCAACGAUUCUGCAAUGACUUUCAUUAUCUGACAAAGGCAAAACCAACCAAGAAGGUUGCACACGCCAUUGAUGUGUUGACAAGGCUUGUCACCAGGAAGAAAGUGACCUGUGAUGAAAACGUGCUGCAUAUGUUACGGACAGCUAGUGAAAUGGAUCCAGCAAGGCUGAGAACAAGGCACAUCCUGGCACUUGCAGCACUAGAUGUUGUUGCAUCAAAUGUGAAGGAGCGAGCAGCAUUGGGAACUCUCUUUGUACCAGAGAAUGAUGACAUUCCAGCAACACCCUGUGUGGCAUUUACUGGGGAUACAGUACAGAAUGCGGAGUUUCUCUUCUUGUUGGUCGACCGGGAGAAAUGUUUUUCAGUAAUGAAUGCAGAAGAGGGGCUUGCAGCAAUCAUGUGCGCAUACUGGUUGUUCAAUCUACAGUAUGACCGCAAAGUAUUUAACACACUUGUUGUGCUUGAGCGGUUUUUUGUGGGCCUUGACCUAACGACACCAAGGUCUGUGGUGACUAAGUUUCUGAACAGAGUUGUUAAAGCUUCAAAUGCUCAGAAUUUUAGCUGACGCUGUAUUCAGAUACUGGAGUUGCCUAAUGAGCACUUUCUGGCAGUGUGGCCCAAACGUUUCACUUUUUGGCUAUGCAGCCUGUUCUCUAAACGUUAAGUUCCUUGUGUGCUAAAAUGAAGGCACUUCUUGGCUUGCUUCUAUUAGGUGUAAUUUAUUUGUUUAAUUGCACCACCUGUUUGUGGUUUAUUUUCAUUGUGAUGUACAAUUUCUCAGUCUGUGUGGCAGAACCGAA